AAAAUUCUUGUUUCGUAGGAAGCUUCCGAGAAGUUGCCAUGGCGCUCACUGCUCCUACACUCCAUUUAAGGGAACCACCUUCGUCCCUUCUUCUCGUCAACAAACCCCCUCAAUUCUUUCCUCUUCUCCUCAUCCUCUCUUAUCUGUUUGUGGGUUGCUCAAAUUUUCCGCCAUGAAACAGUUCAUCAAGAUAAUCAAUCCCAAACGCCUUAAUCUUACUCCCAAACGUCUCUUUCGAUCCAAAAAGGACCGAUCUAUUGUCUGCAGAUCUGAUCCAUCAUCGUAUAGUUAUGGUGCAACGUCGUCUUCUUCCUCGGACUCCUUCGUUUCCAACCACAAGGGAGGUUCAAGAGACGGUGUGGUUGAUGUCGGAACGCCUACCAGUGUUCUUCCCGAAAUAUCGAGUGACUGGUCCGAUAUCUCCUGUGAUAUUUAUUCAGAGCUUGUACAGGCUUUUAAGUUGAUAGACAGGGAUAAUGAUGGGAUUGUUUCGAGGACCGAGUUAGAGGCACUGUUGAGCCGAUUAGGAGCUCAGCCACCGAGCCAAGAGGAGGUGGAGUCGAUGUUGAGCGAGGUGGACCACGACGGUGAUGGGUGCAUAAGCGUGGAGGCUCUAAUAAACCGGAUUGGUUCAGCCUGCGAGCCGGCCGCCGACGAAGAGAUGAGAGUGGCAUUCGAGUUCUUCGACAUGGAUCAGGAUGGGAAAAUAACAGCAGAGGAGCUACUUGGAGUUUACAAAGCUAUCGGGGACGAGAAGUGCACGUUAGACGAUUGCCGGCGUAUGAUAGCGGAGGUUGAUAAGAACGGGGAUGGAUUCGUAUGCUUCGAGGAUUUUUCACGCAUGAUGGAGCUUCAGAGAUGACCAUGGUUUUUUAUAUUUAGAUCACGUGGGAUUUUAAGUUGUGGUUGUACUUUUUAUUCUGAAUCGAGUGAUCUAGGGCGGAGGGGUAGCCUAGAGAGAUAAGAUGUUCAUAUAGAUAAAGAUCAGGAACGGCCCUGAUUGCUCGAUCUCGCUGGCAAAAUAAUUUUGCCUUGCUCAGCCGUAUAUAUAAUAUAAUUUGAUAAUUUCUGGAUA